AAGAAACAAUCCACCAUGGCCCCCUCUCUGGUCGAAAGUGAAACGUCAGCCCAGUCCAUCCCCCUCCGGGCUCCGCCUCCAGUAGAACAGACUCUCAAGGAUGACGCCGGCUUCAACAAGGAGCAGAGCAUCGGCUACGCUGAAAAGUUCCGUCUCCAGGAUGAACUGAAAGGCACCGCCAAACAGCCGCCCGCCUCCUUCCCCCAUUACCUGCCCGUGUGGGACAACGAGACGGGGAGAUACCCCCCCCUGGAGCCCUUUGAGCACUACGACCACGGCAAGGAUGCUGACCCGUCGUUCCCGGAUCUGCUCCCCAAGGGCAAGGCCGUCGUCGACGACCUCACGCCCUCCAUCGGCGCGGAAGUGCGCGGUGUGCAGCUGAGCCAGCUGUCCAAGGAGGGCAAGGAUCAGUUGGCCUUGUUUGUUGCCCAGAGGAAGGUCGUUGCCUUCCGGGACCAGGACUUUGCCCGUCUCCCCAUCGACAAGGCCCUGGAAUGGGGCUCCUACUUCGGCCGUCACCACAUCCACCAGACUUCAGGCGCCCCCAAGGGCUUCCCCGAAAUCCACCUCGUGCACCGUGGCGCCGACGACCGCUCCAGUGCCGAGUUCCUCUCCACCCACACCAACUCCGUCACCUGGCACUCCGACGUGGCCUUUGAGAAGCAGCCCCCCGGCACGACAUUCCUCUACCUGCUCGACGGGCCGACCAGCGGCGGUGAUACCCUCUUUGCCAACACUGCGCUGGCCUACCGACGUCUCUCCCCCGAGUUCCGCAAGAGACUCCACGGGUUGAAGGCCGUGCACUCGGGUAUUGAGCAGGUCAACAACAGCUUGAAGAGGGGAGGCAUUGCCCGGAGAGUGCCUAUUACUUCGGAGCAUCCCAUCGUGAGGACUCAUCCGGUAUGCCUCCACGCAUCUCCUCGGUCGUAUCUGCACUCGCGUGAUCCGUAGCUUACGUCGUUUGCCAGGUCACUGGAGAAAAAGCCCUCUACGUAAACCCACAGUUUACCCGGUACAUUGUCGGAUACAAAAAGGAAGAAUCGGACUACCUGCUCAAAUUCCUCUUCGACCACAUCGCCCAGUCGCAGGACUUGCAGGCUCGUGUCCGGUGGAGGCCGGGAACAGUGGUUGUCUGGGACAACCGCGUAACAUCUCACUCCGCCCUGCUGGACUGGGAAGAUGGGCAGAGACGCCAUCUUGCCCGGAUUACACCGCAGGCAGAGGCUCCUUACGAGACCCCGUUUGAGGGGGAGGGGGAGCAGUGACGAAUUAUGGUUAUGGUUGUUCAGGUUGAUUCACGUUUAUGAGUGGAUAUGAAGUAAAUAGUUUCCAAUCCCAAUUUCCUUGAAAAUAUGAAGCAGACGCGUAGAAAGUGAUGAACAUCAGACAUCUACGACCGGUAAAUACCAGUGCAGAAAGAACCCUAAGCAGUCCACUCAGAAUAAUCUCCCAAGAGAACGCCAAAGAAGGAAAACUCAAAGAAUGCCUUCGAAAUAAACCCUAAUAAAAGGCUCCAACAACCUCCUCACCCAAUUCACCUUCUUCCUAUCCCUAUCCCCAUCCCCAUCUCCAUCUCCAUCAGCCUGAACACUAUCCCUUGUCCUCCGCGCAACAGUAUGCUCAAGAUGCCUAUACUUCGGCCUCUCAUACCCGUUAUAAUACUCAUCAUCUGUGUGACAGACAGAUGACCACAAGGAUGGGCGUCCACUAAAGGACUCCACGGCGGAACUGUAGAUGUCUUCUUCGUCUUCAUCGUCGUCUUCAGUGUCGAUUUCGUCGUAUCUGCCUGUUCUCGCCUUGUUGAUGGUGAUGUCGAAGAGCCCGUUACAUGAUUCAUCGAAUAAAUCUUCGUCGUUGUCCUUGUUCUUGUCCGCGUAUUCGGUUAUCC